GCAGGCUGUGUGCACGGCCGGAUGCAGCCCCGCGCGCCCCCGCCCCGCGCACCAUAGAGAGUGGCAGCGGGCACGCGCCGGUGGGAGCGCGCACGGCGGGCCCGGUAGGCGGUGGCGGCGGCUGCUCCAGUCGGCUCCGGGCGGCCCCCGCGCCGCAGCCCGCGCCGUGUCCGCGGCGGAGCCGCCCAGGUGCCCACGAGGAUGGUGGCGUGGCCCUAGGCCCAGGCACCAAACCAUGACCUGCUGGCUGUGCGUCCUGAGCCUGCAGCUCCUGCUCCUGCCCGCUGCCCCGCCCCUAGCUGGGGGCUGCCCUGCACGGUGCGAGUGCACAACACAAACGCGCACGGUGGCCUGUCCCCAGCGCCGGCUGACCGCUGUGCCCGACGGCAUCCCGGCCGAGACGCGCCUCCUGGAGCUCAGCCGCAACCGCAUCCGCUGCCUGAACCCAGGCGACCUGGCCACCCUGCCCUUGCUGGAGGAGCUGGACCUCAGCGAGAACGUGAUCGCGCACGUGGAGCCUGGUGCCUUCGCCAACCUGCCGUGCUUGCGCGUCCUGCGCCUCCGCGGCAACCUGCUCAAGCUCAUCCCGCCUGGGGUCUUCACGCGCCUGGACAACCUCACGCUGCUGGACCUGAGCGAGAACAAGCUGGUCAUCCUCCUGGACUACACCUUCCAGGACCUGCGCAGCCUCCGCCGGCUAGAGGUGGGCGACAACGACCUGGUGUUCAUCUCGCGCCGGGCCUUCUCAGGGUUGCUGGCACUCGAGGAGCUGACCCUGGAGCGCUGUAACCUCACGGCGCUAUCCGGCGAGUCGCUGGGACACCUGCGGGGACUGGGCUCCCUGAGGCUGCGGCACCUGGCCAUCGCGGCCCUGGAGGACCAGAACUUCCGCAGGCUCCCUGGCCUGCUGCACCUGGAGAUUGAUAACUGGCCAUUGCUGGAGGAGGUGGCCCCAGGAAGCCUGCAGGGCCUCAACCUGACCUCGCUGUCCGUCACCCACACCAACAUUACUGCUGUGCCGGCUGCCGCGCUGCGCCACCAGGCCCACCUCACCUGCCUCAACCUUUCGCACAACCCCAUUAGUACUGUGCCACGUGGGUCGUUCCGCGACCUGGUCCGCCUGCGUGAGCUGCACCUGGCUGGGGCCAUGCUGGCUGUGGUUGAGCCACAGGCCUUCCUGGGGCUACGUCAGAUUCGCCUGCUCAACCUCUCCAACAACCUGCUGUCCACGUUGGAGGAGAGCACCUUUCAUUCGAUCAACACGCUGGAGACGCUGCGCGUGGACGGGAACCCGCUGGCCUGCGACUGUCGCCUGUUGUGGAUCGUGCAGCGCCGCAAGACCCUCAACUUUGACGGGCGGCUGCCCGCCUGCGCAACCCCCGCCGAGGUCCGCGGGGACGCGCUACGCAACCUGCCAGACUCUGCGCUCUUUGAGUACUUUGUGUGCCGCAAGCCCAAGAUCCGCGAGCGGCGGCUGCAGCAGGUCACGGCCACCGCAGGCGAGGACGUGCGCUUCCAGUGUCGCGCGGAGGGCGAGCCGGCGCCCACCGUGGCCUGGGUGACGCCCCAGCACCGCGCGGUGACCGCCGCCAGCGCUGGCCGGGCGCGCUUGCUGCCGGGGGGCACGCUGGAGAUCCGCGACGCACGGCCGCAGGACAGUGGGACCUACACGUGCGUGGCCAGCAACGCCGGCGGCAACGACACCUAUUUCGCCACGCUGACCGUGCAGCCUGAGCCGGCCGCCAAACCGACCCCGGGUGAGGGCCACAACGAGACGCUGGCGGCCGCGCGCUUCCCGCUGGACCUCACCACCAUCCUGGUGUCCACGGCCAUGGGUUGCAUCACCUUCUUGGGCGUCGUCCUCUUCUGCUUCCUGCUGCUCUUCGUAUGGAGCCGGGGCCGUGGGCAGCACAAGAACAACUUCUCCGUGGAGUAUUCCUUCCGCAAGGUGGAUGGGCCGGCCGCUGCCUCAGGCCAGGGGGGCGCCCGCAAGUUCAACAUGAAGAUGAUUUGAGUGCUCUGGGGGUGACCUCAAAUUGCCCUCCCCUGCUGGGGUUGCGGGCUCCUAGAGGAUCCCACGGAGAGCCGUUCUCUGUUCCCAUCCUACCUUCGCCAGCCCGUUGAUGGCACCUAUGUAUUUUCCAGAGGGGCGGCUCCUGGCAGAACUUCCCGUUUUUUGUAGAGACCCAACCACAGGACUGCUUUUUUCAUCAGGAUGUAACUUUUGCAGAGUUUCUCAAGCGUUUUCUAAAGCCCCCGCUCCCCUUCCUUGUCCUGAGUGAUCGCUGAACUGCACGGGGGUGUGGUGGGGCUUGGAGACCCCAGGGUCUUCAGGGCUCACAAUUCACUCCCAGGAGGUACACAGCUGCUGCCCACAGGCCCCUCUCCCUGACAGCUCACACCCUGGGGGAGAUGGUCUACACCCAGGAUGCACAGAGGGCAGCCCAGCCCCAAGGGGAGGGCACACAAAAGCCUAUACUGUUCACACCUGGACAUCCCACAUCUGACACCUGGCACACACAUAUUCAAAUCAGGAUACAAUUGGAUGCAUAGCUCUAAAGUGUAACACACACACCUGACACCUAGCUGACAUUAAACAGGUGCCCUCAACUCUGGAGCUCACCAUGGGCCCACAGGGCUCUAGUGAGAGCACAACUCACACCUGGGACAAACAGCUCAAAUUCAGAACACUCCCAACUCACACGUGAGACACACCCAGCUCAGCUGGCCAUCUGGGAGAGGGACAGAUCUUUUGGGCUGAGCUAAGGUCAGCCUCACCUUAAGAGGGCCCAGCACACAGGGUGGUUCCUGACAUGCUAGACUCACCCCCAUCCCCAGACUCCCUCCCACCAGGAUCCACUGGCCCAGCAGGACAGGUUGCCACCAGGAGAAGCCAUUUCCCCAGGUUCCUCCAUCACCCUCACAGCUGCCACUUGCUUCUUGAGCCCACAUCGUACAGGCGGGGCAGCUGACCUGGCCCUUGGACCAGGACCAUGGCUUCUGGGGUAUCCCUCUCCAGCAGGCCAGUUGGAGUGACCUUCAAUCCUGAGUCUACACUACCCCUGAGCUAGUCCCACAUCCCAUUGCUCACCUGGGGAAUGAGAAUAGAGAAUGUGGACAGCUCUCAAGGUCCUUUUCAUGUGCAUUGCACAGCAGCAGUGGGAGAAAGGCCAGGACAGGGGUUCAGGCUACAGGGAGGCCUGGAUCUGCAUCAUUCAUUGGAAGGUGACAGAGGCACCUUGGUCUCUGCAACUUUGGAGCAGAUCCAGGACAAAAGAGUAGGGGGGUUAUAGGCAGACUGUGGCUCAGGUUAAAGAAGUUUCCCCAAGGUCACUGCCCCAUUGCUUUUCAGAUAGUGAGUUCCCUGUCACUGUGGGUAAGACAGUAGAAACUGAGGUUUUGCAGAAGUUUUCAGACACCAGACAGGAACCAUCCGUGACCCUGCCUUGCCAGCCUGGUUCUUGCCCCCACUCAGCCAGUCAACGGUUAGGGCAUCAUAGUGGGGAAAAGGGCACAGGAAACAUUGUGGGGCCUGACCUCAGCCAGAAAAGAGCUUGGUCACCAACCAGGAGGUUAGGACAGUAUUCUCAAGGACCUUGUCAGAAGACUGGAAACCAGCUCUGUUCUCUCCCAGCUGUUUUCUCAGUUGGUGACUGAGGACCACUAUGGACCAUUGGUGUCCUCAUCUGUAAAAUGGGUCUGAGGGUCAAACCCAUCACUACAUAUGCAGAGGCCAGGUCAUGGAUGAGCUUGAUGGUGGACUUGGAUCCUGGAAUCCUCAAGAUCUUUCUGAGAUGAGCCAGAGAGAAAGAUGAGUAAAACCUGGAGGUUUUCAGCAAAGGAUUCAGACAGAACUAGAAAGGGGACACCAGCAGUUCUUCCUGGGCUGUGGCUGAAAACAUUAGAGGCCCUAGUCCUGCCCCCAUGAUGUGCACAUGGGCCAGCAGGUCAGACGGUGGGCAACUGACCAUGGCCAGCCAGGGUGGGGACCCCGUCUCAACCCCACUGGAGGAGGGAAGUGAAUGAGGGCCAAAGGGGUGUCCAUCAGCCCCAAACUCCACCUGAGUUGAGCAGAACCAACUAGUUUUUCCCCCUUAGCAUCCUCCUGACCUUGGUUGCCAUGACAACCCUGAGGGCCUUUCAAAACGACAUCCAAGUGCCUUUAGCAUCAUCAAGACUGGAGGGGGUAUGUUCUCGGCCGCAUUGCGAUGUACAGAAUGUCAUGUAGUGGGAUCUCCCAGUCCCCUCUGGCCAUUCCUUUGUCCCAACAUGAACCAAGACCUCUCAAUCCCCCACCCCACCCUGCUGUAUGGUUGGAAUCUAAUAAAAAUGAAACCAGUUUAAUAACAAAC